UCAUUCAAGAUCUUUGCAACAAAACCAAACAAUACCUACCUCCAUUAAUAAAACACCACAACCAUGUCAUUGUCAAUGGCAACUUCUCCUCACACCACCCUCUUCAGAACCCGCACCACCCGCUUCAACCCCACAUCGAUCAAAUGCACCCAAGAUCGCGUCUUCAACUUCGCCGCCGGCCCCGCCACCCUCCCGGAAAACGUCCUCCUCCGGGCCCAAUCCGAGCUCUACACGUGGCGCGCCUCCGGCAUGAGCAUCAUGGAAAUGAGCCACCGCGGCAAAGACUUCCUCUCCAUCAUCCAAAAGGCAGAGUCCGAUCUCCGCGCCCUCCUCCAGAUCCCGCCGGAAUAUUCCGUCCUCUUCCUCCAGGGCGGCGCCACCACCCAGUUCGCCGCCCUCCCCCUCAACCUCCUCCCCUCCGGCGGCGCCGCCGACUACGUCGUCACUGGCUCCUGGAGCGACAAGGCCGUCAAGGAAGCUAAAAAGUUCUGCAAGCCGAACGUGAUCUGGUCCGGGAAGCCCGAAAAGUACACAAAGCUUCCAUCUUUUGAUGAUUUGGAGCAGAACAAGGAUUCUGGGUAUCUCCAUAUCUGUGCCAAUGAGACCAUACAUGGGGUUGAGUUCAAGGACUACCCUGUUUCCAAGAGUGGUGUUUUGGUUGCUGACAUGUCUUCAAACUUUUGCUCCAAGCCUGUUGAUGUGUCCAAAUUUGGUGUCAUCUAUGCUGGGGCCCAGAAGAAUGUGGGCCCCUCUGGUGUCACCAUUGUGAUCAUUAAAAAGGACCUCAUUGGGGAGGCUCAACCCAUCACUCCUGUGAUGCUUGAAUACAAGAUCCAUGAUGAGAACCACUCACUCUACAACACCCCUCCUUGCUAUGGGAUCUACAUGUGUGGGUUGGUGUUUGAGGACCUGUUGGAGCAGGGUGGGUUGGAGGAGGUUGAGAGGAAGAAUAGGGCCAAGGCUCAGAUUCUCUACACUGCCAUUGAUGGGAGCAAGGGGUUUUAUAAGUGCCCUGUGGAGAAGUCUGUGAGGUCCUUGAUGAAUGUGCCUUUUACUUUGGAGAGGACUGAGUUGGAGGCUGAGUUCAUCAAGGAGGCUGCUAAGGAGAAAAUGGUGCAGCUCAAGGGACAUAGGUCAGUGGGAGGCAUGAGGGCUUCCAUUUACAAUGCCAUGCCUUUGCCUGGUGUUCAAAAGUUGGUGGCUUUCAUGAAGGAUUUUCAAGCCAAGCAUGCUUAGAGUUAGGGUGGAGUAAAAUAAUAACUAGAAUCUUGGUCAUAUUUUUUAAUCACAAUUCUAGUUUCAUUAA